AUGGACUCUUGCUGCACCUGCGCGUCUAUCUUGCCGACCGCGUCCUCAGAAAAAUCCGAGAAGACCUCGCUCGAGAACCGACGGGUAGAUUGUUGUGGUCGUCUGAUAUGUGGACAGUGCAUUAUUAGCAAUACUCGAUUCGCCGAAUACUGUCCAUAUUGCCAGAUAUCGACUGGCCCUUCCCCUUUGCCACAAGGCCUCAGAGAACCGCCUUCCUAUUAUUCUCUUCCGGCUGUAGCGGCAUCAGCAAUCAAUCGUGCUGAGCCGCCGCCGUCAUAUACCCCAUGUCCUGCCCCCAUCACACGGUCGGCACCCAUCGACGAACAAGCCGAUAUCAUGGACGAAAAGCACACGACAGAGGAUACUCUCCACUUCCUAAACCAUGAGCACGAUAGCAUAACUUCUCUGUCACUUCGUUACGGUGUACCCGCGGCAGCCUUACGCCAGGCAAACCAAAUCACCAGUGACCAUUUGUUGCUUGGCCGACGGACCAUACUGAUUCCUGGACAGUAUUAUAAGAGCGGUGUGAGCCUUUCCCCACGAGCCAUAGAAGGCGAAGAUGAAGAACUGCGAAAGACCAAAGUCCGCCGAUUUAUGACAUUUUGUAAAGUCUCCGAUUACGACGAAGCUGUGUUGUAUCUCGAACAGGCCGAUUAUGAUAUCUCGGCGGCUAUAAAAGUCUAUUUUGAGGAUGAUGCAUGGGAGAGUGCCCAUCAGACGAAGCCCAAACAAACCAACGUGCAACGGAAGCGUGGAUCUCCGUGGAGAUUAUGGUGA